AUGCAGAUGUUUGUGAAUGGUCUAAAAAUAAAGACCAAACAACUAAUUGAUACCGCAGCCGGUGGUUCCACAAAUUUUUCAACAACCACAGGUAUCAAGAAGAUCAUUGAAGUUAUUGCUGCUAAUAAGCACAUGGAGUUGUAUGAUAGGUGUCAAAGCAAACUAGAAGGGGUGAUAGAUUUAAAGCUGGAAACUAAUAAAAUUCGUAUUGAAGACACUAUACCUGCUGAAGUUGAUAAGAAAUUGAAGGUGGAAGAAAUCAAAUUCUUGAAGAAAAAUAAUCCUUACUCCAACAAAUAUAACCCGGGGUGGAAAAAUCAUCCCAAUUUCUCAUGGAAAGAUCAAAAAGCGAUCGCCCCUCAACAUGGUCAGUACCAAACUCAAUAUCAGCAACAUCAACAGCAACAGAUACCUAAGAAAGCUGAGUGGGAGAUUGCCAUUGAAAGAAUGGCAACUUAUCAUGUUCAAUUUCAAGCACAAGGUGUUCUACCUAGUGCAAUUGUGCCCAAUCCUAGAGAGCAUCAUAACGGUAUGAAGAUUCCGAUAAAGGAGGAAGAUCGAGGAGCUGUUACCAUCUCGUGUACUAUUGGAGAUAGGUCGUUCAACAAAGCUCUUAUUGAUCUGGGAGCUAGUGUGAGUCUCAUGCCAUUAUCCAUUUACAAGAAGCUUGGUAUAGAGGUGGUGCAAGAUACCAGGAUGACACUCCAAUUCGCAGAUUAUUCGGUCAAGAAACCGUAUGGUAUUGUUAAAGAUGUCCUGGUGAAAAUUGACAAAUUUGUAUUUCCGGUCGAUUUUUUAAUUCUAGAGAUGCCGGAAGAUGAAGAGAUCACUCUCAUUCUUGGUAGACCCUUUUUGGAGACGGGAAGAUGUGUAAUCAACAUAGAAGCAGGAACCAUGACGUUGAAGGUUUAUGAUGAGGAAGUGAAAAUCAAUGUUUGA